AUGUUUCUUAGAAUAUUUUUCCUUUGCGCAUUAAUCGCUGUAGUCAGCUCAAAAAGCGUUAUCGUCGGUCAAAUUAGUGACUACAAUGGUGUAGUGAGAAAAGUUUACGACAAAACAAUCGAAUCUACAGGGAUACCUUUAUUUAAAAGGGAAGAAGAGGUGUAUUUCGAAUACCCAACAGGUGACCAGAAGAUUAAAGGGAUAGCGAUAAAGGACCUGGAUAAUGGUCUCGCAGAACCUUCCAUCAACCGCGGAGGCAUUGGAUUCUCGUUCGUGAACAUAAAGCUGAAGAGUGAAAGGGGAUCCGGUUAUAAAUAUCUUAUAGAAAUUUACGCGUGA